CAUAGAAUGUGGUCGAUCAAGGAUAAUUAUUAUUCAUUUUGCAGAUACAGAACAGUUUUUCCAGUUCAAAGUCACAAAGCAGAUAGCAGAGAUAAUUGUAAACUGAACAAACAAGAGUGUGGGGGAGGAAUGUGGCUUCCCAAAUAACAAGGAUUUAAGAAUUCUAUUCUAUUUCUAAAGCCCCUCCAAAGCGGCUGGGAUAGCUUUUCUCCAUUUGACAGUAGCAACCAUACACAAGAACAAGGCUUCAAAAAUACCUGAUUUUAGACUGAUACAAUGGAAAAUUUGCAUCAAAUUAAAAAUUUAAAAAUUUUACUUGCAAAUUAAAAUAAUAAAUUUUGUCUUUUACAAACAUUUCAGUUUUAAUAAAACCAAAGUGAUGUCAGUAUCUUACACCUGAAUGGCAGGGAGUGGUUUUUACCUCAUUGCUGGGGAACUAUUAUCAUCUGACAGGGGGAGAUAGAGUUUUGUCACAUAACUGAAAUCAUCAUGACAGGUUCUGGGAUGCUCAUUUAGGAUACAAGGAAGAUACAUUCUAAACCCAUCUCACAGGAAAGUGCCUCAACUUUUGUGCUGUGCAGGAAUCUGAAGGCAUUGUUGCAGAGGUUAAACAAGAAGGGUUUUUUGACCAAGCCUCCUUCCUGUACUAUCAAUAUAAGCAUGUGGUGUGAAUAGUAGCUAGUAACAUUACAGAGAUCAGGAACUUGAGGAUUAUAAGUGUGACUAAUGUCUGCUUAAUGUUUAAUCUGUGUUAUGAGUAAUUUCAAAUAGGGUUUAGGGAAAGAAACGGUUCAGGUUGGACUAAUUAAACAAGAACUGGUGUAAAUACCCUUUAAUUAUGCAAGUUAUUUGACUCCUGACUGAGCUGUGAAUGCUUAAAGACAUACCCAUGUAGCCUUGUUUUGAGGUACAAGGAACAUUACAUAGAUCAUUAAAAUUGCACAGGUGUCACAUGAGAAUGGCAAAGGUGGCUGUAGAAUGCAAAUGGUAAUUGUCACCUGGAGAAGUAUUUCACUUGGAAUCAGUCAUGUAAAAUAUAUGAUUAACUCUGAAAAUUGAUAUGAGGCACAAUAAAAAGAAAAGCAAUACCUCAAACAGAAGAGAGUUCCUUCCUAGGUCUCUGCCUCACUGUAGAUUUAGAAUUUGGGACAUUAAUCAGAACAUCAGUAUUUUCUUUGGGUUUCCUGUACAAUUAGUCUAACAAGUAGGAUCUGAUACAUAAAAGGGGAAACUAUCUUAAGUUCACUUCCCUUCAUUUAAAAAGGCUCAAUAAGAAGUACCCCAAAUCAGAUAAUAGUGAAUUUUAACUGUGAUGUGCCAUAGAGAUUAUGAAUAUUUCAGAUAACCAUUUUAAGAUGGGCUAGGUGAAAUAUUAAGAAGAAAGUGCUGUUCAUCCUCCUGAAAUUGUGACUCUGUACUGAAAAAUGUUUGGAACCAAAACUAUACCUGUGUUUCAACAUGUUUGGGGUUUUAAAUAAUUUGUAUGACUAUAUCUAUUAAGUUUAAAAAAAUAGGGAAAAGGGGACUGACUGUCAGUAAAGCUAUUGCUGUGAUAAACCUCAAACUGGGAAAAAGGCUGGUUUUCACUUUCUCUACCUGCUUUUUUUUCCCAAAAAAAGAAAAUCCUUAUACAAUAAGGAAUUAAAUUAAACUGCAUAAUUUACCAGCACACAUGCAUUUCAUCAUCUGGCUUACAUACACCAGCUCUGAGUCAGAAAUACUCACUGAAAUGUGCUACUCUUGCAAGCACUACCUAACUUUGCUCUGCUAUUAAUCACUUGUGAUGCAAGCACUCCCACCCAUUUCUGAGAACAGUGUAGGCUGUCUGAUAACUCACAGGCUUCGAGCUGCCCUUAUAAAGUUGUUCCACUUGUGCAUACUUCCUCAUUCUGCUAGUUUGUCAGUGAAGAUGAAUCUCCUCAUUUACAUAGUCUUGCUGAAGUCAACUUUCCUUGCUUUGACAAAUGUUUUUGCAGUUAUUUUAGAAGAAGAAGAGAAUGCUAAAGAAGCAAAACUUACUGAAACUUGUCCCAUAAAGCUCAAAGCUAAUCGGAAAUGUGAUGAAGGAGAGGAUUGUCCUUAUCAGAUCAAUUUGCCUCCGAUGACCAUCCAGAUACCCAAAGAAUUCAAACUGCUUGAGAAGACUCUCAAAGAAGUACAGACCCUUAAAGAAUCAGUAAACAAGCUGAAAAAAUGCUGCCAAGAUUGCAAGCUGCAAGCAGAUGACAACCAGGAAAGAGACAGAAGUAAUGAAUUCCUGCUACCCAACACUGCAGAAAACAGCGAAAGCCAAGAUAACAGAGUACAGGAACUGCAAAGCAAAGUUAACAGAAUGGCAACCAGCUUAAAAAAUGCAAAGAGCCAGAUUCAGACACUGCAGGGUCGUUUAGAGAAGCUGAGCCUCAUAAACAUGAACAAUGUGGAACAUUAUGUUGACAGCAAAGUUGCAAAUUUGACAUUUGCUGUGAAUAACCUGGAUAACAAAUGUUCUUCUAAGUGCCCAGCAAUGCAAGCAAAACCUGUUAUACAAAUAAUGCAGAGAGACUGUGCUGACCAUUACACAGCAGGGAGAAGGAGUAAUGGAAUCUACAGGAUUAGCCCCGAUGCCAGAAACGGGAGCUUUGAAGUUUACUGUGACAUGCAAACACAAGGAGGCGGCUGGACAGUGCUGCAGCGGCGUCAGGAUGGCAGCACUGACUUCAACAGAACCUGGAGUGACUACAAACAUGGCUUUGGAAACCUCAGCAGGGAGUUCUGGCUAGGCAAUGACAAAAUUCACCUCCUGACAAGGAGCCAGGAAAUGCAACUGAGGAUUGAUCUGGAAGAUUUCAAUGGGAUCAGAGAAUACGCCAAAUACGAGCACUUCUACGUGGCCAACGAGUACCUCAAGUACCGCCUGAGCGUGCACGGCUACAGCGGCACCGCCGGAGACGCCCUCCACUACAGCCGGCACUACAACCACGACCAAAAGUUCUUCACAACCCCGGACAGGGACAACGACAGGUAUCCCUCGGGAAACUGUGGUGCCUACUACAGCUCUGGCUGGUGGUUUGAUGCCUGCUUGUCAGCCAAUCUCAACGGCAAGUACUACCACAAGAAGUACAAAGGCGUUCGCAAUGGUAUUUUCUGGGGCACGUGGCAUGGUAUUUCUGAUGAUACUCCCACUGGAUAUAGGCAACCCUUUAAAUCAGUAAAGAUCAUGAUCAGACCCAAAAGUUUUGUGCAGUAAUUCUACACAUUCCUCUUCACUAGUUUGCAUUGGAUUGCACUCAAAAUUGUACUUACUCAGUAUUAUAGUCAGAAAUCAAGUAUUCAGUUAUGUUUGGCAAAAGAUUGUUCUAGACAAAACAACAUACUUCCACAUAAUCUUUUUAGAGAUGGUUUGACCCAUAUAAUGCAUUAAAACCAGCAUUAAAAUAUCUGAUAGUUAUUGCUAAAACUUAACACCAGUUAGGUCUUGGUUUUGUUAUGUAAAUAUUCUAAACAUUGCUUUUGAUGCUUUUACUGACUGUGAUAUACCACAUUUUAUGAUUUAAAACUUUUAUAUUGUCUUCCACAAGUUGUGUCUGAAUGAAUACCUACAUUUUAACCUGAAAAUAAUUCAGAGAUGUAACUAAUAUAAAUUUGUCAACCCUUUGUAGAAAACCUAGUUUCUGUAAAACAGUCUUUUUCCAUCAUCUGUCCUUUGUAACUUCAAAGGUAUACCACAGCAACAUCAAUAUAAAUUAGGAAAAGUACUAAAAAUUAUUAUUUUUAAAGAACUAGAAAACAGAGGGCCACAUGGUUUGCCCAAAGUCACAAAAAAAGGCUUUGAAGAAAACAAAAAACAAAGAUGAUUCCUCAAAUUUCAUCCCUUUAUCAAAGGUUUAUCAAAGUUGGUAGAAGAAUUGAAUAAAAGCAGAGGAAAUAAUUAUAGAAUCAUAGAAUAAUUAAGUUUGGAAAAGACAUUUAAGAUCAUUGAGUCCAACUGUUAACACAGAACUGCCAAGUCCACACUAAGCCAUCUACACAUGGAUAGAGUAUGUACUGAACAACAACAUUCUUGCUCUUUUUGGCUCCUCCAUUCAAGCUCAAGGUCCUAUUUGUCAUUUGUAAGAGAAAGGAGACAUUAUGUAGCUUAUUGCACAUUUAUGCAGGCAGGCAGACAGGAGGAAGGAAGACACAUCAAUAAGAAUCCAUAUUCUUUGCAUCAAUGCCUCUAAAUACAUGCAAAGAGUUUCCAGUGCCAUUUUGCUUUCUCCUGAAUCCUUUAGGUAAGUCAAAUGUUACAAGAUGCUCUUGUAGAGACUCAAGCUCUCAUUCAAAUAAUUCUCAAUCUACAAAUCAUUAGAUUCUAAUGAAACUAAAAAUUAUAAAUAUUUUGUAACAUAAGAAAAUACUCUUCUCCCCUUUUUUAGACUACACGUUUUGUAGCCACAGAAACAUAAAAAUAUACUGUCAGUUCUAAGCAAAAAAGAGAAUAUAUGAUCAAAGAUUUUUUUCUAAAAUAUAAAAAAUAAAAAAAUGAAAUUGUCAAAUAGUGCAAGAAUUUCAAUUUAGAGAUACUGCUAUUAAAUAUCACAUUGUAGACAGUGAGCACAAGUUUGACUGCACAUAUUUAGACCAUGUCUCUAUAAAGAUAGUGACCAACAUUGAGUGGAGGUGUCACUUAUCUUAGCAAGAGGCUAUUCUACUAUCUUGCUUACACCAAUCCUGAGAUGCAGAAAAACUACACCAAAACUCUAUAUCUUUAGCAGCUAAGUGUGGUCAUUGUUGGCAUAGCUUCUUAGAUUAAAAGAGACAUGAAAAAAAAAGAACACAAGUAUACAUCUGACCUAAUACUUUAUAAAUAUUAUCUCUACUUUUUUCAAAGAUUACAACAAAGGUAUUAUGGCUAUAAGUAAUGCAAAUGAAGAACACUGGCAAUAGCUAAAUUGUAAAAUAUUAAUAUAUAUUUUAAAGAAGUAAAUACUUUGAAGGAUAGUUCAAAUAUAAUUUGGUUUAUUAUAUGUCAAUUCUAAAGAGCAAUGAAAAGUUUUAACUGCAAGAUGUAUCAUCUUUGCUUGACAAUAUGUUUUGAAGCUAUAGAGUAUUUAUUUUGGGAUAAAAAAUAGUUGUCUAAACAAAACAAAAAAGCAACUGAUGAAGUGUCGGUUAGAAGAGUAAAUAUCUAAUUGCAUAUGAUUACAUUUAAUCAUUUUGCAUGAAAUGCACAAUUUGUUCCUAUUCAUUAUAUGAUAACUAGCUAAGUAUGACUUAUGGUAUCUACAAGAUUCCACUUGAAAAUGUCUUUUUUACUACAAGUUGUAAGAGAAACUGUCCUUUUUAAAUCUUGUUUAAAGGAAACUUUGUAAAACACAGAAAUGUUAACAGAAUAAGCAAAUGUAACUAAAAUCACCUGCAAAAGCUUUUACUCAUGUCUUUAAAAACAAAAAGCAAAAAAAAAAGAGAAAAAGAAAGUGUAAUGCUGUUACAGACAUCUGAUUAUGACCUGCCUGGAACUGUUGUAGCUGAAUCUCUGUCAAUAUGCACUAGUUUUACAAAGUGUAGCUCCAUCUCCUUGUUGCAAACAUCAUUUGUUUUUGCUUGGUGUAAUAAAAUAAGAAUGUCCUACUGUUAAAGCUGUACUACUGUCAUGGACGUACAUGAGGACUAUUAAAAAUUCUCAUAAAUAAUUUUAUUGAUUUUCUGUAAAAAUUGAAGCAGUAAGAAAACACCAAUAACCACCAGAGAUUACUAUGCAACAUGCCAAGAGAGUACUUGCUAGUAAUGACAGUUCCUUAGAGAUCUGUUUAAUGAUCCUUCAGCUGCCAGACAAUACCAAGGGCUGAAAACUCAGAUAUUUUUUGUAACUGUUCAUAUUUUGGAAGAGGAAAAAGUAAUUUCCCAAUGAAGAGUUUAAACAACCUCUAUCUUUAACAUGAAACAGGAGAGGCAAACCAAUGUUUUGACCUUUCAGAUCACAGACAAGAAUCAUUAAAGGCUGUGUAUACAAAUAUAAAUACAUACCCCAAAUUCAAUCAUGCAAUUUUUUGUACAAAGACAAAGCCCUUGAUCUCUGCCUAAGGCUUAAUAAUUCAAAACAUAUCUUUCAGUCUAUGGAAAACAUUCUAUAUAACACUGAUUAGCAUAUGAAGACACUUGUGGUUUUAAUCCUGAUAAUAUUUAAACAGCGAAUUUUAGAGGGAAAAAUUACUAAUAGUGGGUUUGCUAGCAAAAUUCCUAUGGCUUGUUUCCAAAAUAUAAAGGCACAAGCCCAUGUGUUCAGUGUGAUCAGCCAAGCAGACUGUAAUGUCUUGGCUUCCUAUAAAUUUCUUAAACAAAACCAAACCAAAACCAAAGAAAAAAAAUCCAAACAAACCAGAGAAGAAAUUCAAAGAAGGUGUGAAAGCACUGGUGCUUUUUCCUUCCCUUUUAAAUGCAAAUACCUGUUUCCUUAAUUGUGUUUAUUGGGAAAGACUGCAGUCAAACUUGGAGUGAGUUGAGAACAAUAUGUAGCUUGACAAAUUGGUGAGGGAAAAAAAUUACUUUUAUGUGUUUAUUCAGUAAAGAACUUAAAAUGGUUGCCAAUCCCUACCCAGACCCCUACUGAAAAAUGAAAUCAAAAUCAAACAAAAGUGCCAAAGUUACCUAGCUUCUAUGAUUUACGUGCCAUGGAAAAACCAAAGCAGGAAGAAUGCAGCUUGAAUUUUCACAGAGAAAAAAAAAAAGAUAACAUAAU